AUGGAUGGAAUUUUGUCUACCAAACCGAUGUCCCACUUUACUCCAAAAAAGAAGUAUGCUGUUUAUAAGAUACGUAAGUUUCAGCCAAAGUAUGGUACUACGAUUGUGGCGGAGUUGGAGAAUAAAUUUGCUAUCUUCUUACCCGGUAGAAUCAUUCAAGUCUUCGAGGAUGCUCAAUGUGAGGACACGUUUGAGAGAGUGCAAGAAGCGGCUCAAAAAGAUAAACUCUACUUGUACUAUAUUGGUGGACAAGGUGGCGCUAGCCCUAGAGGUGGCAGUUGCGCUGGUUUUCCUAAUGGUGGUCUUCGUGACGACGGUGGUCGUGGUAAUGAUGGGCCUCGUCGUGGUGACGGUGCUCGUGAUAGCUAUGGCGCUUGUCAUGACGGUGGUCGUGAUGAUAGGCCUCGUCGUGGUGACGGUGCACGUGAUAGCUAUGACCCUUGUCGUGGCGACGGCGCUCGUUGUGGCGAUGCUCUCUGUGGCGACGUUGCUCGUUGUAGCGAUACUUUCCAAGGCGAUGGCAAUGCUUUCCAUCGCGAUGGUGGUGGUGCUAGCGGGGUUGAUGGUCUUACUGGCGAUGACUUUCCUGGCGACGAUCGGGUUGAUUCACGUUUUCACAGCAAUAUGAAGAAGACCGAUGGCAACCAUUCCAGCAGCACCGGGAAUGUGAAUUGUGGUAAGCUGGGUAGAAGGCACAGAAAUCUGCGUUACAACAAUGAAGUCGCACUGCAGUACAACGAUACGAACAAUGGACAUAUGCACAUUGUCGAAACAACUCAACACUCCUUCCCUGUGAAUUAA